AUGGAGUCAGGACUAAGCGAGAUAGGGAGCACGAAGAUGUUCGAAGGAUACAACAAAAGAUACAAACAUUACAGUGAGACACUUGGCUGUUCCAUGACUUUCUCCAUCUACUUCCCUCCUUCUUCCUCCUCCUCUUCCCACAGAUCCCCUGUGCUUUACUGGCUUUCUGGGCUAACCUGCACAGACGAGAACUUCAUCAUCAAGUCUGGGGCUCAACGUGCUGCUUCUACUCACGGCAUUGCUCUUGUUUCUCCAGAUACUUCUCCAAGAGGACUUAAUGUUGAAGGUGAAGCAGACAGUUACGACUUCGGUGUAGUAGGAGCUGGAUUCUACCUGAAUGCUACUCAGGAGAAGUGGAAGAACUGGCGUAUGUAUGACUAUGUUGUCAAAGAGUUGCCUAAACUCCUGAGUGACAACUUUUCUCAGCUUGACACAACAAGAGCAUCUAUCUCUGGACAUUCCAUGGGUGGACAUGGUGCUCUUACUAUUUACCUCAAGAACCUCGAUAAGUAUAAGUCUGUGUCUGCGUUUGCACCAAUUGCCAAUCCCAUAAAUUGCCCAUGGGGACAGAAAGCAUUUACCAACUAUCUAGGUGACAACAAGGCUGCUUGGGAGGAAUACGAUGCUACUUGUCUUAUUUCAAAGUUCAACAAUCUCUCUGCCACAAUUCUAAUUGAUCAGGGAGAAAACGACCAGUUCUACCCUGAUCAGUUAUUGCCCAGCAAGUUUGAAGAAGCGUGCAAGAAAGUGAAUGCGCCGCUCUUAGUGCGUCUUCAGCCAGGAUACGACCACUCCUACUACUUUAUUGCCACUUUCAUCGAAGACCACAUCAGUCACCAUGCUCAAGCUCUUGAGUUGUAGCUCACUCCAGUUGCUAAGCAUCAUCCAGCUUUACCUUUGUCCAAAUAUUAGUUAUCAAUAAAGCAAAAGUGGACUUGUAAUGUUUUGUGUUCAGUGACUGCUCAGUGUGGUGUGUUAUGUCUACGAUGAUAUAAUAAAUCAAAACCUUUAAUGAACAAAACUUCUUCAACCAAU